CGUUAGACAACCCAGGUUUUGGAGAUCUCCUGCCAUUCAUUUACAUAGAGAAUCCUGUUCUCUCGCACAACAGUCAGCGGUAGACCCGACUGUUUUUUUUUUAAGUGCAGGCAGGUCCCCCGAGGCUUUCCUCCAGGAAGAUAUGUCCUUCUCACGCAGCGUCAGUGAUGGACGCGAUCCAGACGAGGAAUCCGGUCGCAGGCACAGUGUCUCAAUACAAAAACAGGACGCACGAGAGGGGCAGGGCUCCCACAAUGAAACUGCCGCACCUGAUCCCUCAGCGGCCUCCCUAGGUUCAAGAAAAGCAUUAGUUGCCUACCUGAUCCUGUGCUUCUCCACUGGUCCAACGAGCUCCAUGGUCUACAACUAUGUUUCUGCCGCCAUUCAGUCUGCUGCCAAUCUCGUUGGCCACCAACCUGGAUCAGACAAACCGUGUGCCCGACGGGGAAGUAGCAUUACGUGCCUGGUUAGGUUUGGGGCUGGUGAAAUCGAUUAUCUUAGUUACCUAUUGUACCUUCGGGCGAUUGGUCGGGCAAUGGAAGGUAUCCUCACAAUUUUCACUGCAGGAAUGGCGGAUUACUCCUAUUAUCGGAAGGCCAUGAUGAUUGGGGCGAUCAUUCUCUUUGGCGGUUUGGCUCUACCCUUUGCCGCUUUAACCAAGUCAACUUAUCCCUACCUGGUGGCACUUUCUGUGCUAUAUUGCUGCCUUACAACUAUCCAGGGAGUUUACGCCGUCAUCGAGUCAUCUUACAUUCCUAUUUUUAUGCGCUCUGCCGGCUGGUUCCGCUCGUCGCCUGUGGUGUCGGUCACAACACCAGCGGAGCGUAGUUCUGUGGAGAAACAGACAUGGACAAAGGGAGUCACCGUCAGUGUCCUUGCCUUGGUGUCUGGCAACGUUGGCAGUCUUGUUGCACUCAUUAUUGGUGUGAUCCUUGUGUAUACCAGAGGGUCAUAUGUCCAAGUCGGUUAUCACAAUUAUCUACUUGCUAUCACAAUUGCUGGUUCCCUUACUAUUGUCUUUGCACUCAUCGGCAAUUGGCUCCUACCGUCAAUCCCAGGGCAACCGAAGCCGAAAGGAGAAAAUGUUUUCCACCUUAUGAUUAAAGGUUGGGUGAGCAUGUUCUCUUCCGUGCGUCGGUAUCCUGAAGCAUUCAAGCUCUGCAUCGGCUGGGUUCUUUGGAAUACCGCUUAUAGCAACUACAACAGCCUGAUCCAGGCACUCUUUCUAGAGGUCACGGGAAUUAGCAAUGGUUCAGGUGUGUACCAAGUCUGGAGCUUUACCGCCGUUCUUUGCGCUAGCUUGGGAAGUCUAAGCUUCCUUUUUAUCUUCCCCCGCGUGAAGAUCCCGGUAAAGAGGUGGGCUUAUGUCUUCUUAUCUGUCAACUUUCUCUGUCUCCUCUGGGGCUGCAUCGGGAUCAACCCUAAUGUUCCUAUUGGGUUCAAGAACCAGCCUGAAUUCUGGGUGGAACAAGUCCUCUUCCUGAGUACGAGUAGUGCCCUACGCUCGUACAACCGAGCUGUAUAUUCAUCUCUCAUUCCAAAGGGAUCAGAGGCGCAAUUCUUUGGUCUUGAGAUAACAUUGGAUCUUGCAAUCGGAUGGAUUAACCCCCUGGUGCAGGGUGUUAUUCAAAAUAGGACACAUAAUCUGCGGUUCCCAAUGCUGCCGAAUAUCUUCCUCAUGGUAAUAGCGAUAUUUCUAUAUUUUAAGGUGGAUAUUGACAAAGGGAUUGAGGAUGCCAAGGUUCCGUUGAGGGGAUAGUUUUCUCGUCUUGUUAACUGCGCGCCAGAGGACAGUCUUUAGAAUGGUCAGUUGCAUUGCGCAUUGUAUUUCGCCCCAAAAUUGGUAUUGGAAUGCCCUCCAAGUGAGCUAUACAUACUAACUAGAUGCUCCUAUUACUACUCCGUACUGCAAAGUACUCUUUAAUUUUUACUCCACCCUCCGUACCAAUCUUCAUUUACCUGACUGUAACUUUAAUCAAACAAAUAU